AGCGUGAGGGAGAGAAAGUAUUUACGCUGCUUUGACUCUUGGAUAGUGAACCUCAUCACUGAACAGCGGUGGCACAAACUAAACAGACUCAACUAAAACUCCUCUUAAAGUUUACGUUUUGCUUUGUUGGACGCGUUUUCUUCGAGUCGAGAAGUUGGUGGAAACAAGGUGUUUCACUUCACAACCUCUGCUGAGCGACCCCUCCCCCCUCCUUCCUCUCCACACACACUGACUCCGACGUCCUCCGUGAUGUCCUCUCAGGCCACGCCCAUCCAGGGGUCAAGACCUGUGACCCCUCCGCUGAAUUCUGCAGGAUCCAUGCUCUCUCCGGUGUCACAUGAGUCCCUGCAGCCUCCAGUCUGCAGACACAGAGACCGCUCGCCUUCCCCCCUGAGAGGCUACCUCAUCCCCAGCCCUCUGCCCACCCGCAGAAACAGGACCUGCUCAGCGACGGCUCGAGCAUCGGAGGGUCCCGUGUAUACUGGUGUGUGUAAAUAUUUUUCCCGCUCCAAAGGCCAUGGCUUCAUCACGCCAUCGGACGGGGGCAACGACAUCUUUGUCCACAUCUCAGACAUUGAGGGCGAGUAUGUGCCGGUGGAAGGCGACGAGAUGAGCUACAAGGUUUGCUCCAUCCCCCCCAAACACGAGAAGGUCCAGGCGGUGGAAGUGACCAUAACUCAUCUCAACCCGGGAACCAAACACGAGACCUGGUCAGGACACGUUGUCAGCAGCUGAAUGCUGACCCUCACAGGGGGUGGGGGUGGGGGGGGGGUUAACAAGGCCAGUGGGUGGGAAGGGAGACAUAGAUGGAGGGGGCGAGAGGGAGAGGAUGAUGGUCGGGUGGGGAGAACUGAAACAGAGGGCUGUUAGUGGGCAGAGGGAAGACCAGGUAGAGUUAUUAGACCUCUGUGUUUAACUCUGAGACGGCUGGGAUACGUCAGAGAAGACAUGACCAACAUCCUGAGCUGACAAAUAAAGGUUUUACUUGGAGGAAAAUCACAACCAUCUCAUAGUCGUAUUGAAAUGUGGGAGGCUGACUCUGCCCUUCUGCAGAAAUGGGUAACUAUAUCAAGGGAAGACAUAGAGCUGGUUUGACUGGUUUGACUGGUAUAUGAAUAGAUUUAUGAUUACAGUGGAGAAAUGUUUAUCAUGAAAAGAUUUAUAACAUUACAGUAGGUUUCUCGCUUAGAUUUUUAGAGCCCCGGUGUUGAAAUUUGAUGUAUGUUGUUUGAAGUUUUACUUAAUUUGAUGAGGAAAUAAUCUUCAGCUGCGGUUAUUCAUUUUCUGGAAAAGCUCUAAACACAUUCAGUUCAGCUUUGCAGCGUUUGAGAAUAAAAGCUCCUGUGGUCACAACAGAACUCGUGUGGAGUGUUGAAUAACAGAGGUCACUGUAUAAACACUCCAUGUUACAUUUUCCAGCACAAUGGAGUCAUUUUCCAGGUAUAAUGUUCGUGCCUACUUCUACCCAGAGAACUUACAGCUCUGUUUGUGCCUACUCACACCAAUCUAUCAUCUGUAUUUGAUCAUGUGGCCAUAUCAAUGAAUUAAAGCAUUUGCAACUGGUACACCUUCA